CUGCGAGGUGCGGGUGGGGUGCGGUCAAGGAUAUCAGCGAGCGCUGCUACUGCGGCUGACGGCGAGCUGGGCACUGUCCCAAACCGCUCAAGGCUGUGUGAAGGAAGCCCCGCCAACUGGGCUGCGGCGCAGUCGCAGCGUGGCUCCCUCAAGGCUGACGGCGCGGCAGCCUCGCCGUGUCCCUGGGCUGGGAGGGCGGCCUUGCUGAUGCACAUGCGCAUGCAUUGGAUGAUGCAACUGCAAAUGCAAAUGGACAAGGAGACGCAAACUAUCCCGCUGUCCUCCAUGGCAAAAGUCCUGGGCAGACACACGCCGCGGGGUCGCUCAACACAGGGCCGGGUCAUCUUCCGCCGUCAGCAUCCUGUCCUCUACACACCAUUGGCGACCAAAUCCAGUCGGCUGCGCUGA